CACGCAGGCAGCGCGCAGGCAGCGCGCAGGGGGCGCGGGCAGCGCUGCCGGCCCCGCGCCCGGCCCCGCCGGCCGCCCCGCGCCGCGGCGGCUGCGCGGCCGCGCUGCGGCGCCGCCGAUGCUGUCGGUGCCGGUGCCGGUGGCGGGCGCGGGGGCGGCGCGGGGCGCGGGCUCCCUGCCCCGCCGGCGCACCAUGUGCAGCGGCGUCGGCUGCUUCUGGGCGCUGCUCUCCGCCGGCCUCCUGGCCGCCUGCGCCGCCGCCUUCCUCUCCCCGGCCUGGCUGCUGCCGCCCGGCCGCGCUGCCGCCGGCUUCGGCUUGCUCUGGCGCUGCGCCGGGCCGCCCCGCGGCUGCCACGGCUCCGCCGGCCCCGGCGGCUUCGGAGACAUCCCCUCCGGCUCCUGGCAGACGAGCGCCGUGCUGUGUGCGGGCGGUUGUGCCCUGCUGGCCCUCAGCUCACUCCUGGCCAUCGUCGCCGUCCUGCUGCCUGGCGGAGCCUGCGAGAGACGAGUCUGCACCCUGGCUGGCUACAUGCAGACAGCGGCAGUGUUCAUAAUGGCUUCUGGGCUUCUGGUUUACCCUUUUGGUUUCAACUCUGCUACUGUGAAGAGAUUCUGUGAGAAUUCAGACAUCUACUAUGCAGGAGACUGCCAGAUUGGCUGGGGGUAUAUGCUGGCAAUUGUUGGGGUCAUGUUGUCUGUCUUUUUACCAUUCUUUGCAAAAUAUGCACCAAAAGAGCACAUAUCUCCAACUCCAAUACCUACUAUUUUAUAGUAUUUUAUUACUGUUAAAGAACAGAACAUUCCUGUCUACAGGCAAUGGGCAGAAAUUAUUAUAGCACUUCCAUUUAGCUGUAUUGCUAAAGAGAGAAGAGAGGAGCUGGGGAAGAGAAGGUCAGAUUCACAAAGACCAAAAGUGCAUUGCUAGUCUUCCGUAAGUAUGAGCAGCGAACACUCUGGAAUUGAAAUAACAUUAAUCAGCAGCCUUUAUACUGCUCUAAACAUAUAGUGGCAUAAUGCCUUAGACAAAAAAAAAAUCUGUUUAUCCUCAAAACAUCUGUCUACCUCCCAGUUUCUUUUGUGUCUCAAAAACGUCUUUUAAAAGCUUCAAUUCACUUUUUAUAUAUUAUUAAAUGUCAAAACUUUUAUGAACCCAAUAAUUUUAAAAUCAAUAAUGAUAUUUUGUUACAAUUAUUUUGAUUAGUGAAAAAGCACCUACUAGUAGCCACAGCCUAAAAUUAAGCUUGAUAUCUAAAAAGAAUCGUAUGCAAGGAAAAAGUUUCUUUUUAAUCUAUAUGUACUAGUAGUACCUGCAUAUUGUAAGUAAGUUGUCGGGACACUUUGUAAUACUGGUCUAAUCUUCAAGAUUUAGAGUCAUCUUCAUGAAGACUUGCAUCAAAUUUAGAUUACAUUUUUUCAGAGAGAGAGAGAGAGAGAGAGAGAGAGAGAGAGAGAGAUAUCUAACUACUUCCAAAGGCUUCAUGAUGAUUUAAUAACUUAACAGGGAAAAAAUUGCUAAGAAUUUGUUUUCUGUAUUUCUUAAAUUAUAAUUUUAGGUGGAUGUUUACAAAAUCAUUUGAACUAUUACAAGCAUAGAUUUGGCAUUUUGUUGUUUGUUUUUUAAGGCCAAAAAGGAAAAAAAAAAUCUCUGUUUAAAAAAAUGUAUGUGCCCGAUGACCCUUAUAUGUAGUUAUAACCCACGCCAGAAUGAACUAGAUUCUAAUAUUUCCAUUACUAUUAAGAGCCCGUUAUUUAAGAAAAAAAAAAAAAGAAAUGAAAUGCUACUGAACACGACUAACAAGAAUCUGAUGCCGUGUCAGAACUAGCCAAUGGCCAUAUUUCAUGAGUUUGUAUGUGAAAUUUGUGAAGUCUGAUUUCUACGAUAGCACUGAAUUCAUUACUAUCAAGCACUGAAAUAAGUGCACUUGAUUGCCUUAAGCAAAAGAAACAUUGGGUUCUAACCUCACCCCACUGUUAAGUUUUUCAUUUAAAAUAAAAAUUGAAUUCUAAUUCUAUUCUCAUCUUUUAUUUUCUAUUAUUUAUUAAAAAGGAAAUAAUCACAUAGAUUAUAUUUAAUUCAGAGCUGUACUUCUUAGUUUUGUAUUUUGGCACAAACCAAGUGAUCAAAUUUAUUAUUCUUCACUUAGCUGAGUCCAACUGAUUCCUGAAUUUUACUUUAUUUUUUUAUUGGAAAGUGUACAUGAAGGGACAGACAGAAACAUGUUGAGGAUGUAUAAGAAAAUGCAAACAGAUAGAACAAUCACUGCGUUAUUUUAAUAAAUGUCAAAGACUUCUGCAGUCUUGUUUACAUUCCUCACCCUUCUAAACUUCAAUGGAACGUUGCAUUGUUUUCCAAAAUAAUUGUCUGUUGUUAUAUUUUCGUGCACUCUAAAAGCAAAUUCUGCACGUAAACUUAGCGAAUUCCAUCACUAAUCUUUGAAAGUACAGAUUUCAAUGUAGAAAUAAGUACACUGAGAAAGAGCACGUGCUAUGCAUUUUUGCUCGCAGCGACUAAGGAAUUAAAUCAUCCAAAUAUUUAACAAAAUAGGUUGAAGGAAUGCCCCUAAAGUAAGAACAAUAAAUUUCAGUCACUUAUGUAUAGUAAUGUAGUUUUCAGUAAUGUCUUACACUUUUUUUCAUGAAUGGCUGAAAUGAGUAAUUUUCUUACAUGAGUCAGAAAAGUGAGGAAUAACAAACAACGUGUAAAAAGAAAAUCAUCACCGCAAAGAGGAGAGACAGAGAUGCAGGCUUUUCUUUCCUAACCAACCUGUGCCUUUACCCUAGAACCAUUAUACAAGACAGGAUCAAUAUGAUUAAAAAAAACCAAGCAACCAACAACUGAAAAAUGUUGAGUAAUGUGUAUAAACUGUAUUACGUAGGGUUUUUUCUGUUUUGUGUAAUGUUUACGACUGUUCACUCAAUGUUUCACUAGAAAAAGUGAUUUGUUAGUGUAAAGUAGAAAACUUUUUUUGCAAAGAUCUAAACACUUACUGAAAGUAAAAUUAUUUUAGAUUUUUAUUAACAGCCAUAACCUACCUAGUGGACACGAAUGACCUAUUCCUGUCAUUACUUAUUAACGUCACUUUCACAUGUGCAGAACUGGAACCAUCAUUCAGCUGAAAUCAGUAGGACUACAACAUUUGUGGGAUGUUGAUAACACGCACAGAUGCUUGCAGGUCUGGUCCCAUAUUUCAAACUACAAAGGAAGCUUGAGCUAUCUGUUACAGGGGACUCUUACAAUUUACAACACUGCUGUACCUUUACUUCCUAAAACUCAGCUUCUUCUGUUGCAAACAUCAUCAAGCUCUGAGUUAAGCUAAUGCCUCCAUUUGGAACUUUCUUUAAUAUUUUAUAAUAUAUAAAGGAAAUAAAAUAUAUGUAUAUGACUUCUACAACUCUCCUUGCAACAUUCACGCUCAGAACCAGCUUAGCACAGAAGGUAGAGAUGAUAAUGCAAGUGAUUCUCACAACAGCUAGUAAAGCAUAUACUUUAGAUCCUCAGCUGCAACAUUAGGGGGGUGUUGCUAACAAUACAUGUGCUAACACUGACAGAUCACUUUUUUAAAUAAAGACUGUCUGUGCGUUAAACUGUGUAAAAGCGUUUUCCUGUUACAAGUCAAAUGAUUUACUGGACCAGGUUCAAGUUUUAUUCUAAAUAUAUAAUUUUUUAAGUGUAACUAAAAGCUGUAUUUUCCAUUAAUGUGUUUCUGCAUUGACUAGCUGGCUCCUUUUUAGAAUAUUAACUGUUUUCUGUAUUUGACUUGUUGGAUACAAUAUUUCAAUUAUUUUAAAUGUGAACUUUCCAAUUGCCAACACUGUAUAAUAAAAUUAAAAAAAA